AUGAGGCCCCCAAAUGAAUCGAACGAUGCACCAGCAGAUAAACUGGAUGCAGUUCAUUUAAACGCAGUUGAUGAUGUUAACCCAGCGUUAGAUGGUCUUAUGCAGAGCCAAUGCAUUGCACUUGUAGUUUUCAUAAAAGAAGACCUAUCACUUCUGAUUCGUAAAUUCGGAGGUGGCCAUGCUCUGCUACUUGCUACUUCGUUCCUUUUCGCACAUUUACUUGGUGUUGAAUUUUUCGAGGAUAUUGUGCUUACCAUGGAAGGUCUCGUAGAUAAAGAGCAUCUUCGCCUUCUUGACCAAUUAUUUUGUAUCAAUACUGUAUUUGUGAUUCUCUCCGGUGAUGGACAGCUUUUGAAUGUUGACCCAUCUCGAUUUUAUCGAUCAGUUUAUCGCCUUCUUAAUCAAUUGCCAUUCGAAAGAAGGCCAGAUCUACGAAAGAAGCAAAUGAAUUGUUGUUUCGAAAGCGCUUGA